AUGCCCGGCAUUCGCAAGCUCGCCUCAAGGAAGCCUUCUCCAAGAAAGCACCAGAAGUCCGAGUCGACUGCCACCCCCCGCCAAGAGGAGGCCGCCCCCGCCUGUGGAGGCACCAAGACAAACGCCGCUGACCCCACAAAGACCGACGUCGCCCCGGCCGCUGCUCCCGCCACUGAGCCCGCUGCCCCUGCCCCGGCUGCCGCCACCGCCGCCGAGCCUGCUGCUCCCGCUGCGGCGGCGGCCGUCCCUGAGCCGGCCAAGGCUGCUGAGGUUCCCGAGCCCAAGACUCUUGGGACCAAGACUGACAUGCAUCCACAAGCCCCGGCUUCUGCCGCUUCGCCUGCCGUUCAGGUUGUGGUCAACCCCGCCACCCCCGACGAGCCCGCCAAGACCGACGCCGCCCCCGCCGUCGAUGCUGCGGCCCCCGCUGCUGCGCCUAUCGCGCAGCCAACUGAGGCUCCUGCUGCCGCACCUGCUGCUACGCCUGUUGCUGCACCCGCCGCUGCCCCCGCUGCCGCGACUGAGGUGAAGAAGGACGCCCCGACCGCCUAG